AUGAAGCUCCAUUUCUAUUUUCUCGCCGCAUACCUCCUCCUCCUCCGCCUCCCGCGCGGCGGCGAUUCAGCUCCGCCGCCGUUCUCGUGCGAUUCAGCCGAUCCUAAAACCAAAUCGUUCAAGUUCUGCCAGAAAUCUCUGCCGAUUGCGCAGCGAGCUCGCGACCUAGUUUCGCGGCUGACAUUAGACGAGAAGAUUUCGCAGCUGGUUGAUUCGUCCGCCGCCAUUCCGCGGCUCGGCAUCCCCGCGUACCAGUGGUGGUCCGAGGCGCUGCACGGCGUCUCCGGCUACGGCCGCGGCGUCACUUACGGCGGCGCAAUCAAAGGCGCCACCAGCUUCCCCCAAGUUAUCCUCGCCGCAUCCACCUUCGAUUCACGCCUUUGGUACCGCAUUGGUCAGAUAAUCGCAUUAUACUAUAUUCCGUAA